CGGGAGCGCGGCAUUGGAAAGAGAGGUGCCGUGCCCGCGCUUUACGUGUCUGGUUCGUGUACUGACAGCCAGCUGUGCGAUUAGAACGACAACAAUCUCCGGGAUUUGAUAAAUCCAGCCGUCAAACUCGACCCGUAUUGUUUGGGAAGAACACGUUUACUUGACAGUUAUUUUUUUAUCGUCUAAUUUAUCCAGCUAAACAGCAUUCCUCAAACAUGAAUCCGUCGUGUGGCAGAUGUGGCACAGUCGUGUACCCUACGGAAAAAGUGAAUUGUCUGGACAAGUACUGGCACAAAGGAUGCUUCAGCUGUGAGAUCUGCAAAAUGACUCUAAACAUGAAGAAUUACAAAGGCUUUGAGAAGAGACCAUACUGCAAUGCACACUACCCCAAGACAAACUUCACCUGCGUGGCCGACACUCCUGAGAACCUCCGCCUCAAACAGCAGAGCAAGAUGCAGAGCCAGGUGCAGUACAAGGAGGAGUUUGAGAAGAACAAAGGGAAAGGUUUCAGUGCUGUGGCCGACACGCCGGAGAUGCAGAGAAUCAAGAAAACCCAGGACCAUAUCAGCAACAUUAAGUACCAUGAGGAGUUUGAGAAGAACAGGAUGGGAGGAGAAAUCCCAUCUCCCCAGCCCAACAGCCCCAAUCCAGUGUUCCAGCAGCAGCUGCCCCACCAGCCCCCUGCUGCGUCUAAGAACUACAACUAUGAGCCGGCUGCUGCUCCUGGACCUGUCCGCCAGGCGGCUGCCGCCCCCCCUCCCAGCUCCGGGAAGCGGUACCAGGCAGUGUAUGACUAUGCUGCAGCCGAUGAGGACGAGGUGGGCUUCCUGGAGGGAGACGUGAUCGUAGACGCGCAGGUGAUCGACGAGGGCUGGAUGUAUGGCCGUGUGGAGCGCACUGGCCAGCAGGGCAUGCUACCUGCUAACUAUGUAGAGGCCAUCUGAUCUGAGAGAGAGAGAAGUGGGAGUGGGGGGGAGAGAAGCAAGUGAAAAGCCCAGUGCCAUCAUCUUAAUGCCGCUUUCUAUUUCUUUCACCCGUUCUCUG